AUCCUCCAAAAAAAAAAUCUGAAAAUGGCGUGCUUUUUCCUGAUCUCUCAUCGUCGUCCCCUUCCUUCCCCCAAAUAACACAAACUUUGAAAUUAAAGGAGAUCUCGGCCAAUUAACCAACCAUAAUACACUCAAGGGUGUGCUUCUCUCCUUCAUAUAUGGUUCUCUCUUUUAGGGUUUUGUAUGGUGUUUCUUCUCCUCUAGUUGGAGUUGUGGGAGAAUUAGGAUCUGGAGGAGUUUGGCCAAGUAAGGACAGCGAUGGGUUGGCUUGGGAUGGUGCAGGAAAUUAUAGGAGGUUAAAAAUUGAGGGACUACAGGCAGAAGAGGAGGCGAUGGUGACGAUAAUGGAGAUGGCAGUAGCGGUGGAGAUGGCGGCGACGGCUCUAUAUAUUGGGUAGCUGCACCAAGUCAAAGGAUUUGAGAUUGAUAAAUUCACACUACUAAAAUCCUUGGUUUCAGCAACAUGGAAGCAUGUUGCUGAAAAUGGUUCCCAUGUUGCUGAAAGUCUUUCAGCAACAUGGGUUUGCUUGCUAAAAGCUUUGUUGGAGAAAGCUUGGUGGGUAAUACAUUACCAACCAAAAUAAUGUUGCUAAUAUAUCAGCAACAUAAGC